AGUACUCUGUUUCGAAAUUACUUAAUUCAAUAUCUUUUCUUAGCGACACUUAAAUAUUUGAUAAAAAAAGUGUCGAAAAUGACGAAUCAUAAUGUGUUCACUCCUAAGGACAUGCCUCUCGCCGCCGCUGCCGCAGUUGCUGCGAAUGCGACUCUGCACUACUCGUACCCCCCGCCGCGUAGCAUCGGCGGGGCCGCCGACUACGCCGGCUUCAAGAAGCUGUUGACACAGCUCGAGCACCGCAGCAACAGCGGUGGCAGCAGCGGCGGGUGGAUUGGGUCGUGGUUGGAUUCCAUGCGAGCGUCGUCGCCGACGCACGUCGCCUCCGCCGCCGCAGUUCUCACGUCGCCCUCUCUCAUGGCUCCUUGUACAGCAGAGUAUGAGGAGUGGAUGAAGCAGUGCCCAUCAGCAUCGAACAAGUUCGAGGAGAUCACCGCGAAAUCGAAGGGUAAAAAGAUCGUGAUGUUCCUCGACUACGACGGCACCUUAUCGCCGAUAGUCGACGAUCCGGAUCGCGCGUACAUGUCCGAAGCGAUGAGAGAGGCUGUGAGAGAUGUGGCGAAGUGUUUUCCCACAGCUAUUGUGAGUGGGAGGUGCAGAGACAAGGUGUUUAAUUUUGUGCGGUUAGCAGAGUUGUACUACGCAGGUAGCCAUGGGAUGGACAUCAGAGGGCCCACAAAAAGCCCCAAAAAUAUAAGAGAGGAGAAGGCAAAAGCAAUUCUCUGCCAACCUGCAAGUGAAUUCCUUCCCAUGAUAGAAGAGGUUCACAAAGUAUUGGUGGAUAAAACCGGAUCGAUUCAGGGCGCCAGGGUCGAGAACAACAAGUUUUGUUUAUCAGUUCACUUCCGCUGCGUAGAUCAAAAGAAAUGGGACGCGCUAGCCGAGCAGGUUAAAUCGGUUUUAAAGGACUACCCGAAGCUUCGGCUUACGACAGGGCGAAAGGUAUUGGAGAUUCGCCCAACUAUUAAGUGGGACAAAGGGAAGGCACUCGAGUUCUUGUUGGAGUCUCUAGGAUACGCCAACUUUAGUGAUGUAUUUCCGGUAUACAUCGGAGACGAUCGCACCGACGAGGAUGCUUUCAAAGUUUUGCGUGAUCGAGGACAAGGUAUAGGUAUUCUUGUUUCCAAAGUUCCGAAGGACACUAGUGCCUCUUAUUCUCUUCAAGAUCCCGCGGAGGUGAUGAACUUUUUGCGCAACCUAGUGGAGUGGAAGCUUCGCUCGCUCGACGAUCGUGUGAAGGUGUAAAUAAGUCGUAACCAGCUCACCACCCCCGUGAAAUUUCUCAUAAUGGGAGUGUUAGAUGAGUAGUACUGUGUAUUUUGCGUACGAACGAGGAAAGUUACUAAGAUGGAGUUGUGUGUUCAAUUAUUUCUAUCCUUUGUUCUAUCUUUUUCCUUUCGAUUUCCUUUUUCUUGUAUAAUUGAUGGACUAAGCUUGGAAGGGUUUCUUGUUACGUACCUUUCUCAGUAGGUCAUGUAAGUAAUUUAUGUAAGGCGAAGGAAAAAACUAACAAUUUUUCUCCCUUA